UCUUUUUAAUUCUCUUCGGUAAACAUAUUCUUACCCCCUAGGCCGGACCUCCUUUUAUACAAAGUUUAUUCGAUCAUUACGAUUUCGACGACAUCAUGAAGUACGAGACUGCAGUUAUCGCCCUUGCUGGCUUGGCUUCGGCCCGCGAUGUCCCCGUCUACAGCAGGAUGGCCAAGCGAGAGGUUCCCCAGGAGCACUCUCACAACGCCAUUCUGGCCACUGUCACCGACUCCCUGAGGCUAAACAACCCCCUCGAGAUUCAGGAUGGCGUCUUCGCCCUUUUGGGAAACAAGGCCGCUGCUGAGGGUGCCCCCAACGUCGCAAACCUGGACUGCCUGCAGCAGAUCAUUGCCGACCAGGCCUUCACCAACGCAAAGGCUAUUGGUGAUAUCAACGGCAUGGCCAACGCCGUCAUGUUCCGCGCCCUCGAGCGCAACACCGGUAGCGUCGGUCUCGCCAGCGUCCUCUGCAACGAGACCGCCGUCAACCCUGAGAUCGCCGCCAUCACCCAGCACCAGGACCCCGCAUCCCCCGAGGCCUCUGGCAACAAGGCCAUCGCCCUUGCCGUCGCCGCACAACUGGCCUCGUUCGGUGCCGACCCGCUCCUCGCCAUCCAGACCGGCACUUUUGCCCCUGGCACUAUUGGUGACCCGACUGGCGCUGGCAACACCUGUGACACCCAGGACGACCCUGUUGGCUGCAUCAUCUCCCAGAACCUCCUCGUCCCCGACGUUACCGAGGCCGAGAUCAAGGCUGCCGUUGCCAAUGUGGCCGUCGCCGCCCCUGCUGCCGGUGCCGCUGGUGCCGCUGGUGCUGCCGGUGCCGCUGGUGCUGCGGCGUCCGCAGCCGCCGGCGCUGCUACCGCUGGUAAGAAAAACAACGCCGCAGCCUCGGCUGCUGCCGCCCCAGCUGCUGCCGCCGCCCCAGCUGCCGCCGCCGCCGUCGCGGGCACCAACGUCCAGGCCUUCACCGGCGCGCUCGGUGGUGCUGCCCCUCCCGUCAUCCAGGACACCAGCUCUGACCGCCCCUUCUCCGUCAACGGCGACACCUUCCUCAACAUCGGCGCCGCUCUCCAGCGCUCCUGCUCCGUCCAGCACAACGCCUGCUCCACCGCCGCCAACUCUGGCCAGAUCCAGGGCGGCACCGGCCAGUGCGAGGACCAGCAGAAGCAGUGCGAGGCCGCUGCGGCCGCCCAGAAGGCCCGCCGCUCCUCCGUCGUCUCGCGCAAGCACCGCGUCAGCCGGGCCGUCAACACCGGCUCGUGCGGCUCGCCCGCGAUCCAGUUCGCCGUGGGCCUCGACGGGCGCAAGGAGGCGUCGUUCCAGGCCGUCAACCAGGCCGACUUCAACCACGGCUCGGCUUUGAACAUCAAGGUCAUCAGCGACUUCGUCUGCAGCCAGCUGUCGAGCAAGUGCAAGGCCUCGGCCGACACCGUCGCCUCGUGCAACGCCGCCUCGGCCGCCGCCUCGGCACAGAAGGGCCAGGCUGCCGCUGACGCCUUCAACAACGCCCUCGGCGCCUAAGGGUUGGGUGGAAGCGUGACGCGUCUUCUUGGGAUUGGGUUGGGUUGGGUUGGGUUGUAUUUCCCUUUUUUCUCUCUCUGUC